UGGGGCUGUUCCGAAUGGUGUCAUUUUAGAUGGAAUAAAACGUUCUUCUACUGGCGUCUCAUAAGGCAAAGUCAAGUAGUUCAAUUGCAGCAUAGUACUUGCUUCGUAUUGUCUCAAAGUUAAAGCCAAUUCUCAGAACAUAUCCGAAGAUAUGGCCUAUACCCAUUACAACUUCAAAGACUCAUUCUGCAAAAACCGGGCUGUUGCUUUGCAGAAACAUGUAUCCGCUUUACCAGCGGACCAAUUCAAAGAAAACCCGUGGGAACUUGUGCGAGCCAUAGAGGACUUUGCCAACACAGAAAAGCUCCCCAUGAUUUUCCGGGAAACCAAAAUGAACCUGGCCCGAGCCGCUCUCACAGACAUGAGCCCAAAGCCAAAGGUGAUGAUCGAGUUUGGAAGCUUCGUUGGCAACUCGACGGUAGCAUGGGGCGCUAUGAUGAAAGAGUUUUACCCAGACCACAACAGCGGUAUACGCAUUUACAGUUUUGAGCUCGAUCCCGAACUAGCAGAGAUUGCACGAGACGUUGUGAAACUAGCUGGUAUGAGCGACAUUGUCACCGUCGUUGACGGGCCAGGCGCAGAAUCAUUGAAGAAUCUUGUGAACAACGGAGAUCUCAAGACCGAAAGUGUUGAUGCAGUCUUCUUCGAUCACUGGGAAGACAUCUAUCUUACAGAUUUGAAGCUCUGUGAGGAACUUGGAGUUCUCCACAAAGGAUCAGUGGUAUUGGCAGACAAUACUGACAUUCCUGGCGCGCCUAAGUACCUCGAGUAUGUGAGGGGUAACAUGGAUGAACUAGCUGGAACUGUACGAUAUCAAAGCAAGACUCAUAUCGUACCGAAUUCGAGCAACUCAAACGGGCCACGAGCUCUGGAGGUUACUAUCGUCGUUUGAUUGCCAGUUCGAGGUUGUAUCCAGUCAUCUUCAUGCUCCAAGAAUGUCAUUGAUGUUUACCUAAAUAAAAAGGAUCAUUCCAACAUUCAGAGUAUUCUUU